UAAAAUAUGAUUUGUUCGGAAGUUACACAGUAUUAAAUAAUAUUAUGUUAUAACCCAUAUUGACAUAUUUGUAAUUGUAGCGGUUUAAACAAAGUGGAAAGUUGGAGAAAAGGAAAGAUUUAAAAAAAAAGAUUGUUUUUUGAAACAGUUAAAGGCACGUUGUGUUGAAUGAAGAUCUGUGGCUUCCACUGAAUUUAUGUUAUAUUCUGCCAUGAAACGCAAACUGAAGUAGAUACAAUAGAAAAUGUGCAUUGCAAGCUGUCAAAGAGGAUUCCAUGAAUAAAUAGUUUUCUUUAAUUUUUGGAGUGGUAUGGUGUGGACAGAGAGAAAAAUGACCCAGGAAAGGAUUGGCCGAGGGGGAAUGGCACCAGGAACUGAAGUAGUAGCAAGGUACAACUAUGAUGCAAAAUCAGAAGAAGAUUUAUCUUUUCAGAAAGGUGACAUAAUGACAAUCGUAAGACCAACUCAGGAUCCAAAUUGGUUACGUGCUCGACAUGUUGAUGGAAGAGAAGGUUUGAUUCCUGCCAUCUAUAUCUAUAGGAGAGCUGAGGUGAAACUGAAUGCAAUGCCAUGGUUCCAUGGGAAAAUAACACGAGAAAAAGCAGAGGAUUUGCUCCGAGCAGGUGAUGACGGGUUAUUUUUGGUUCGGGAAAGUACAAACUUUCCAGGUGAUUACACAUUGUGUGUGUGUUACAAGAGUAAAGUGGAACAUUACAGGGUUAUCUAUACAGACAACAGACUCACUAUUGAUGAAGAAGAAUACUUUGAAAACUUGUCGAAGCUGGUAGAGCAUUACCAGAAGGAUGCAGAUGGUUUGUGUACACAGCUUCGAAAACCUGUUCCCAAAGAGGGAGGACUUGAGUUUUCUGUUGACUCAAGUGCCUUUGAGCAAGCUGGCUGGGUAGUUGACAAACAAGACCUAAAACUAGGAGAAGUGUUAGGGAAGGGUGAAUUUGGUGAUGUGUUAUUAGGAACAUUACGGGGUCAAAAAGUAGCUGUAAAAAUUUUGAAAGACUGCAGUAAAGCAGCCCAAAAGUUCCUUGCAGAAGCAUCAGUAAUGACAACUUUACAACACACAAAUUUGGUGCAACUUAUUGGAGUGGUUUUUGAUGGACCAUCUAUCUAUAUCCUCACAGAAUUUAUGGCUAAAGGAUCACUAGUGGAUUAUUUGCGCUCUAGAGGAAGGAUGCACGUUUCUAAAAAAGAUCAAAUAGCAUUUGCAGCGGAUACUUGUGCUGGUAUGGAAUAUUUGGAAUCUAAGCAUGUAGUACAUAGAGACUUGGCUGCAAGAAAUGUUCUUAUCUCAGAGGAAGGAGUUUCUAAGGUUUCUGAUUUUGGUCUUGCUAGAGAGGAAACUUUUAACUUAGAAGGUGGAAAAUUCCCGAUUAAAUGGACUGCACCUGAAGCUCUUAAACACAGUAAAUUCUCCAACAAGUCGGAUAUGUGGAGUUUUGGAAUUCUUUUGUGGGAAAUUUAUUCUUUUGGUAGAGUGCCUUACCCACGAAUUCCUCUAGCUGAUGUAGUUAAACAUGUUGAAAAAGGGUAUCGUAUGGAAGCACCAGAGGGGUGUCCUCCUGAAGUAUAUGAGAUUAUGAGACAAGCUUGGGACUUAGAUCAAGACAAGCGUCCUACAUUUGCAGAAGUUUUGAAACACCUUGAACACUUACGAUCUCUGACUCUUUGAUAUGUAUUUUUUUGCACAAUGUGAAAAAUAGAGAAAGAGUUUGAGAAGUUUCCUUACAUCAGAUCUUUUAGUUAUAGUGGGUGGAGUUGUGGAAUUGGUGCCUUAUCAAAUAAGAAAAACUUAAACUGUCAGAGGUUAAAAACUGUUCUUGUUGAAAAUAUAGUUAGCAACUUUUGAAGUCUUCAUAAUGCACUGUAGACCUGCAACCUAGAGGAACUACAAAAGUGUUUUUGGAAGCAGAUUGUGUUUGGUAUUAAUAACUUAUGAAGGAAUUUAGUGAAGAUCAUAAAAUUCCCGAUAAGGAAAUUCUAUUUUAUAAUUUAGAGGAUAAAUAUGAAAACACGUAUCUUGGUAUUUACUUUUUUUUUUCUAAUGAAAACUUUGUGAUGCAGAUUAAGUAAUUAUUAUCAACGUAGAAUUGUUUGAAUUUGUUUUUAAUGUUUGAUUUGUAAAAGUGUCUAAAAGCUUAAGCAUUUUACUUACAUUUUUCACUGUUAUGCUUUAGUAUUUUUGUUUUUUUUUAUGCUAUUUUUUAUUUGCUGUCUAAAAAAACUUCAAAUAAUAUUCAAAUUCAAGCAUCAUUCAGUUGUACAUCUUAAGCUUUGGCUGUAAUCUCAAUUCAACUAAGAAAAUUGCAUGAUUAUGGUAAAAAAAUUUGCUAGAAUAGUGUUAGCUAUAGGUACCUUUGGUUAGUCCUUCACAAAAAUGUUUCUUUUAAUUCUGUAUUGAAAUAAGUUUUAUAAGAAAGGGUUUAUGGUUUUAUUAAGCUUUGAUUACCACAUGAGGCCUGUCUAUUAAAUGUCCUGCCAGUGUCCUAUGAGAAAGAUUUUUAAUAAAUCUAUCUCAAUGAUGAAGUUAAAGAAUUGCAGUAUUGAUCCAGAGUUUUUUAAAUGUUGUAAUAGACAUGUAACCAAAAUAAAGCCAACCAAGUUAUUUUUCUAUUAAGAAUUACAUGUAGAUGAGACUAUUUCUUCAAAUUUGUUAAGCAAAUAAGUUUAGAAACCACAUAUUUUCAUUGUUUGUUAUAGGUAACAUUAUAAGUUAUUUAUACAGAACUUUCUCUUGAAUCUGUGUCAAUUUGAAUAUUUGUCCUGUUUUCUUUGUAUAUGAAAAAUGACCUUGGAACAUGGAAAUUUUUAUAACAUUUUGGUAAAUUUUGAAGAGGUGUUUUACAUUAUAUUGGCAUAAUAUGUAUGUAGGAUUAUCAAUAUAUAAUCAUUCAUAAACAGGGUCAACUGAACUUGUUUCAUGUGAGUACAUUGUUAGAUAAAAAACAUGAGCAAUAUUGACAUUCUAGGCUUGCUUUAUUAACAUGUAUAUAUCAUUUGCAUUUAUAUUGUAUUCAUAUAGCAUUUAACAAUCAUAACACUAGACGUUUAGAGAAAACAUUUACAAUCAAAAAAGGGUCUUCCUCAGGAUCUGAGUUUAGGAACUAUUUAGGAACUAUACAAAGUUUAAAUGUUUUUGAUUUAGUUAAGUGUGUUUGGUAGGUUGAUUUUUGUUCAUUUUGUAUCAGAGAAAUAUUGAGGGAGUAAUUCCAUUAUAAAAUGAUACUGAACCAGCAUAAUUAACACUUUCAGGUGGUAAUGUACAGAACUUAAUGCUAGGACUAGUUUCACUUGAUACAACGUAUAAGUAAACCUUUACACAAUAUUCAGGUAAUUGUAGCUGGUUUGUUAUAAGUUCUUUUGUUUUCAUGAAAGCCUUACACUAGUGGCCAAAUGCUUAUUCCUCUUGAGACAAGUAAAGUCUGUGGGUACAUGUAAUUGUGCAUCAUAAAAUUAAGAAGUUAGUAAUAAUACCAUUUGUGCCACUUUGUAGCAGAAAGAGUUUAACUUUUGGUGCUCUGAAGCAAACUCUGGAUAAAUUUACUGUUAUUUAAUCCUAACCAUGACAGCAUUUUCUGUUGUAGUUUUUUAUUGUUCAAUGAACUUUCUUGGUGUAUUGACUGUACUUGUUUGAUUAUUCUAUAAAACUUCUUGUUUCAUGUUUUUAUGGUUUGUCACUUAGGAUCAUACACACUUAAAUUGUGUUUUUGUCAGGAUGUUUUCAAUGUAGAAAUCUUAUUUUGAAAACAAAGCUAAUAACUUUGUCCAUUCUUGGAUUAUUUUGUAUGUAUGGACUAUUUUUUCAUUGCUACUUGUUGGUUGAAGUGAACUAUAGCAUGAAGAGAUAGAUAUUAAAGCAACCAUUUUGUCUUUCUUGUUAGUAAUAGAUACAUUAUUUUAUCAGUCAAAACAUCCGAGUGACAUUUGAAUCAAUUUAUUGAACAUAAGGUUUUCUAAUUUGAUUGUCUUGUUACAUGGGAUGCUGAUAUACCCAACGAACACGAGUUUAAAUGUACUGGUGAGUGUUAAUUAGAAAUAUAAAGGUUUUGUUUCAUUAAAUAUAACGGAUAUAUCAACAUCUCAGUAGGUAAUAAAAGUUGUAGAAAUUUGGUUGAAAUAAAUCUCUUCUGUCUACAACCAUACCUUCUUCCCACCUCUUUUUUUUGUGUACAUUAAAACACUUAUAAGGCUUUGUCGUUGUAUUGUAGAAAAAAAGAAGAUAUGUUUGAGUAUGUGUAGGGUGAAAUCCAUUUUCACAGUGAAUGUUAAUGUAUGCUUAUGAGUUAUUAAUAAUACAUAAAACCUCAUAAAUAAUACUUGAGUUUUGGGGAAGUAACAAAAGGUUUUUAUUGAUGGCUAAUUUUCUGCAUUGUUUUUUACAAAGAUAUAGUAAAAGUAUUGAGAAAAAGGGAUUUUGUUUUUAAAAGGUCCUAAACCAAGAGAGAUGCAACUUGCUAACUUUAUUUCACUUAGAUUUGUGUUAAUGUUUCAAGAAUAUCAUUAAAUAUUUAAGAUUUGCUUUUUUCGACAUGUUCUUUACAAAACCUAACAUGUAAGUAGGUUUAUUCCUGAAUGAAUUUAAUAAAAGUUGAUAUUUAUAUGUC